AUGGGAUCUUGCGUUUCCUCUAAAGGUUUUACAAAUAAUCAUAAAAAACAACACAAAUCUGCGGAAAAGGAGAAAAAACAAAUUGCUAAAGAAAAGAGAAUAAUUAUUACCAAUAAAAUUCGAAAUGCGCCUAUUCUAAAACUAGAAGGAAAUGAGCUCUAUACCAAAAGAAAAAAGCCAUUUUUGGCCAGUCAAGCCAAUUGUGAAAUUGGCUACGAGAUGUGCAUAGAAGUUACAAAAAUAAACACAAAUAGCUUUACUGACAGACCGUCACCUUUAUUUGAUUAA